AUGGCUGGAGGUGUUAUUCAACAAUUGUUGAGGAGGAAACUCCAAUCUCAUUCUCGGAGUUCUUCUGGCUCUACUGGCAGCAGUUCCUUAAGAGGCCUUGCUUUAAUAGGAGCUGGUGUCUCAGGUCUUUUGGGUUUUGCAACAACAGCAUCUGCUGAUGAAGCUGAGCAUGGCCUCGCAUCUCCAUACUAUCCAUGGCCUCACGAGGGCAUCCUCAGUUCAUAUGAUCAUGCUUCAAUUCGUCGUGGUCAUCAAGUUUAUACACAAGUUUGUGCUUCCUGCCAUUCCAUGUCUUUGAUAUCAUACUGUGAUUUGGUUGGUGUGGCUUACACAGAAGAAGAGGUAAAGUCCAUGGCUGCUGAGAUUGAGGUGGAAGAUGGCCCUAAUGAUGAGGGUGAGAUGUUUUCACGCCCUGGUAAACUCAGUGACCGCUUUCCUCAGUCAUAUGCAAAUGAAUCAGCUACUAGGUUUGCUAAUGGAGGGGCCUAUCCUCCAGAUCUAAGUCUUAUUACCAAAGCUCGUCACAAUGGUCAGAACUAUGUGUUUGCCCUCCUAACCGAUGGUACCCCUGCUACAGAAGCUCAGAUGGGGAAAGAUGUCGAGUCAUUUUUGUCUUGGGCUGCAGAACCUGAGAUGGAAGAGAGAAAACUGAUGGGAUUUAAAUGGAUAUUUGUACUUUCAUUGGCAUUGCUUCAAGCUGCAUAUUAUCGCCGUCUUCGAUGGUCUGUUCUCAAGUCCCGCAAGUUGGUUCUUGAUGUUGUCAACUAG